AUGCAUGAGGAUGACCAUGAUGCGAGUUUUAAAGUCCGCCGAAACGGCAAAAUCUUCUACAUUCAAAUCUCACCUUCGCACUUUGUCGACUCACCUGUCAUGACACAAAAAUACCUAGUAUACCUCGAGGUUCUCCGAUCUGGGGAAGAAGUUAUAGAUGACAUAUACGACACCGAUGUCUUUGAGUGGGUUAUGACGCCGUUCGAGGCACUGCUUGUUGAACUCGCUCCUCCGCCGCCGGGCGACCCAAAGCAGACUCAAAUCUCUCUACAACAGCAUCUUUUCCCCGAAGUUUUCGUCUUUGACCUCGACAUCAUCAAUGAAAAGCCAUGUCCACGACGCAUCUUGAGCCAAACCCCGCCCUUUCGUCCGUCUUUCUGCCUCUUUGACGAGCCAUUCCUCGACGAGCUAGAAGAGUGGACACAUUUCUACGACCCUGCUGCGAUCAUCCUUAGCUUCACAGACCCAGAGGACGCACUCUUCAAACAACCCAGAAAAGUCCUCAUUGACGACGGACAAGUUGAGUGCUUCUUCAAGCCUUGCCACUCCAGCACCCAAGCUACACGAGAGCUCAAGAGUUACAAGGCCAUCCUUGCAGCUGGACUCUACGACGGCCAGUUGAAUCUGUGUCGCAUGCACGGCGUCGUUAUGGAUGACCACGAUUUUAUCCUUGGCAUUCUGCUGACCUAUGUUGACGGUGCCAAUUGCCCCUUAUCUGCGAGAGUCGACCCGGAAGACCCUGACGACCCUCCCAUGAGUGUGAGAAGGAAGUGGAUUCGGCAACUAGACCUCACGCUGUCCAGUCUUCAUAAAGCAGGCAUAGUCUGGGGUGAUGUCAAGGCGGAAAACGUUUUGAUCGAUGAGAGUAACAAUGCUUUGGUUACUGAUUUUGGAGGUGGCUAUACUCAAGGUUGGGUGGACAAGGCGUUGGCCGAAACGAUCGAGGGGGAUACAAUGGGCAUGGCCAAAAUACGGAAGCUUCUUUUUCCUUGCGAGACUGAAUCAUGA